GGUUGGACAGGUCGUCCCCGCGUGCGCGCGGCGCGUUCACCGGCCGUGAACCGCUUCGCUAGAUGGCAAAGAGGAGAGGAGUCGGCGAGUCGCCACCACAUCUAGUCGGUGCGGGUGCGGGGGCGGUGCGCUGCUCUGUUUGGCAGGACUCGUCGUCCCCUUACCACUCCCAUCUCCGCCGCCAUUGCCGGUGGAGGGAAAAGAGCGGAGCAGAUGGCCGGGCGCUACGACGGCAACCCCUUCGAGGAGGAGGACGUGAACCCUUUCUCGGAACAAGCGCGCGGCAAGGCUGGCGGGCAGUCCAACUUCGGCGGCGGCGCGUUCUAUAUGCCGAACCCCAGAACUGUGCCUCCCGCGUCCAAUUCACGGCUCUCGCCGCUCCCCCCUGAGCCCGUGGAUUUCAGCGCCACGGUGGAUAUCCCUCUUGACUCGUCAAAGGACAUGAAGAAAAGGGAGAAGGAGCUGCAAGCAAGGGAGGCAGAAUUGAACAAGAGGGAGAAGGAACUAAAAAGGAGAGAAGAGGCUGCAGCACGGGCUGGUAUUGUUAUUGAGGAGAAAAACUGGCCUCCUUUUCUGCCACUCAUCCAUCAUGAUAUCACCAACGAGAUACCAAGUCACCUUCAAAGAAUGCAAUACGUUGCAUUCGCAUCGUUUCUUGGGUUGGUUUGCUGCCUCUUCUGGAACAUCAUAGCGGUUACUUCAGCUUGGAUCAAGGGGGAAGGUGUGAAGAUCUGGUUGCUAGCAAUAAUCUACUUCAUCUCUGGUGUUCCUGGUGCAUAUGUUUUAUGGUAUCGCCCUUUGUAUAAUGCCAUGAGGACUGAUAGCGCAUUGAGGUUUGGAUUGUUCUUCUUGCUUUACUUGCUCCACAUUCUUUUCGUCAUAUUUUCUGCUGUGGCUCCUCCUGUUGUCUUUGAGGGAAAAUCAUUGGCAGGAAUUUUACCGGCAAUUGAUCUAAUCAGCAGGAAUGCUUUGGUUGGGAUCUUCUACUUUGUUGGAUUUGGAUUGUUCUGUCUGGAGUCGUUGCUCAGCAUCUGGGUUAUCCAGCAAGUGUACAUGUACUUCCGAGGAAGCGGAAAGGCUGCAGAGGUCAAGCGUGAUGCAACAAGGGGUGCUCUUAGAGCAGCAUUUUAAGUGCGGUGCGGUACAUUCAGAUGAUAGUCCCAAGCGUACCUCCCAUGGAUAGAUUGUGCCAUAAACGAAAGUACAUGUUUCUUCCUUGAUUGCUGACUAUAAUCCCAAACCUUCAGUAGGUUAUUGUGAUGUUACAAGUGAUAUUGUAUGACUCGCCAUCUUCUUCGUUUAAUCAAUAUAGAGAAUGUGAAGUUUUUACAGCGUUA